UGGAACAGAUGAAGUCUCGUAUUGCCAGAGACGAGGUGAAUGUAGAGGUAGACUCUGCCACCGGGCCGGAGCUGGGCACUAUUUUGGCUGACCUGCGAACUCAGUAUGAGGGAAUUGUCAACAAGAACAAGGAGCAGGCAGAGCAGUGGUACCACAAGAAGCUGGAGAUGGUGCAGAAUCAGGUGAAGGAGAACAACGAAGCUCUGAGAGCUUCUCAGGGUGAACUUACUGAGAGGCAGCGCUUCCUCCAGACCCUGGAGGUGGAGCUAGACGGUCUGCACAAACAGGUGAGCUACCACUGAGGGUCAACCUAUGACAGAUAGAAAACCUAUUCUAAGCCCGAUCAAAAUCAAUACAUGUUAAACACCCUGUGAAAUGUGACAUACAAGAUUGAGGGGUUUAUUUGUCACAUGGUCAGUUACAGUAUACACGCACCAUAGACUGUGCUCUUUCCAUGUAGUCUGCAUUGAGGACUUUAAAUACACAA